AUUAUUUUCAUCAAACCUAUUUAAAUAAAAGUUUAUAGUAAAUGCUCAACUUACCGAUUGUCAUUAACGUUGUCAUAAAAUGACAAUUUAGGCUCGAAAUGUCAAAUUUAAAGAAUAUAAUAAGUCAAUUCUGUAGGUGACGCGUUUUACUAGGAUACGUAAUUAAUGAACUGACGGAAAUUUUAAUUCCCGAGAGUAAUGGGGCGUGAUGAAAAUGAGAACGAGAUUGAAACAGAUACAGACGAUGACGAAUUAGUUACUGAAAGUGAUGAAACCAUUUCGACAGAAAAAAGUUCCAAAAAUAUUGGUACUUCCACGACUAAACUAUUUUGCAAAUGGCUGCCGAAGAAAUGUCUCAAAUUCUUCUUCUUAUUGCUUAACAGUGUAGUCCUCCUCACAGGUGUAACGGCAAUAACAAUAGCUAUCUGGAUGUUGACUGAUGCAAACUUUACAUCAAGAUCUAGACUGCUCAGCCAACAGCUUUUUAUGACUAUUUUAUUAAUUCUAGGAGUGUUUGUGUCUCUUGUAGCUUUUACUGGAAUUAUAGGAAUCACAAAGAAAAAAGAUUAUUUCAUGAUUUUUUACUUAAUGUGCCAAUCAAUCGCUCUCUGUGCUGUAUUUAUAUGUCUGACAAUGAGUUUUCCGUUUUUCGAUAUGAUUACGAAAAAGAUUCGAGAUGACAUGAACAACUCUAUGGAAAAUUAUCAAUCUUUAGAUUGGGCUGUGAAAGCAUGGGAUAAUACUCAUAGAUAUUUAAAAUGCUGUGGAAUUAAAUCAUCUAAAGACUGGUUAGAUCAUCAAAUAAACAUUCCGCAAAGUUGCUGUUCUAUAUCACUUAAACUGUGCCUGCACAUGACAGAGAAUGUGUCUUAUAAAUCUGGAUGCUUAAAAGGAGCCUAUAUACUAUUAAAAUCGUAUGUUCAGACUGCCUCUAUUUCAACGCUUGUCAUAUUUCCACUUUUGUUAAUCAGCGUGCUUUUAGCGUUUGGUUUACGAAAAAGACUGAAGACGAGUCAAUUAAUAAUGGACGAAGCGACAUAUUCAUGAAGACAUCGAGGGUGAACGUGACUUAGAAGUGAAUGACAAGUCCGGUGAAACGUUUUCCCGUUUUUUAUUAUCAUAUAUAGAUCAUAUAUUUUCUGAAAACACUUAAUAUAUUGUACUUAAGAUAGUAAUAUUGUAAGUUUAUUGGACAUGCUGGUUGGAUCGCCGUCUGCCGCGUGGCAGUGGUUCAAGUGGAAAAGUCCGUAAAUUACUCACUUCCGGCGCUUCUACGAUGAUCAUCGAAUCGGGAUGUGUUUUCAACACGCGGGGGAGAAAGGGGAGGCGAAAAAAUACAUUUAUAAAAAUUGCUCGUGACCAUCGUAAUGUUCUCGUUUACGGAAAGGUUCAAAUGGUAGAGGGAGGGGAGUAUCUGAUC